GUCACUUCUGAUUACGUCACUUCCGCUCAGUCCUUCCUCCACCGCACGUGUUACACAGUAAAUGUUUAUCCUCUGAGACAGUGGUUAUUAGUUCAAAAUUACCAUCAGAUAUUGUGUGGAGUUGGAGAACACAGCCGUGCAGACAUGCCUAAAGUGAAAAAGUCCCGAGGAGGGGAAAAAAGCGGAGCUAUGGCGCUAGCAGACCAGAUCCAGGAGGCCGACACAGUCAGAGCCAGAGGCCGUGUGAAGAGCAGAGACUCCCGGGAGCAAAAUGAGGAUACAUAUGUGGAUGAACGCUUGUCAAGGAAGAUCUUACAACAAGCCCGAAUACAACAAGAGGAGCUCCAGACUGAAUAUGGCCUGGCUCCUGAAAAGAAGAAGAAAACACCAGUCACAGUCCUUGGGUCAGACACCAACGAUGGCGAUUCAGAUGAAGAGUGGCCUGCGCUGGGAGAUGCUGGAUCCAGUGAUGUUGGAUUUGACACAGAGGUUGUUGUCGAUGCCGAUGAUGAGAAGGCAAUUGAGAUGUUCAUGAACAAGAAUCCUCCAGUGAGGCGGACCUUAGCUGACAUUAUUAUGGAAAAAAUAACAGAAAAACAAACUGAGGUAGGAACUGUGAUGUCAGAGGUAUCAGGAUGUCCAAUGCCACAGCUGGACCCUAGGGUAACAGAAGUGUACAGAGGAGUUGGAAAGGUUCUGUCCAAAUAUCGCAGUGGAAAAUUGCCUAAAGCUUUUAAAAUCAUCCCAGCUCUGGCUAACUGGGAACAGAUCCUAUAUUUGACUGAGCCUGAAAGCUGGACUGCUGCUGCAAUGUACCAAGCAACGAGAAUCUUUUGUUCAAAUUUAAAGGAGCGUAUGGCUCAGAGGUUUUACAACUUGGUCUUGUUACCACGGAUACGAGAUGAUAUUGCAGAGUAUAAACGACUCAAUUUUCAUUUGUACAGUGCCCUGAAGAAAGCUUUAUUCAAACCCGGGGCAUGGUUUAAAGGUAUAUUGAUCCCCCUAUGUGAAUCAGGGACAUGCACUCUUAGAGAAGCCAUUAUUAUUGGAAGCAUUCUCACAAAAUGCUCAAUUCCUGUGCUUCACUCAAGUGCUGCAAUGCUUAAAUUGGCAGAGAUGGAGUACAAUGGCGCCAACAGUAUUUUCUUGCGACUGAUGCUGGACAAGAAGUAUGCCCUGCCUUUCCGUGUCCUAGACGCCCUGGUGGCUCACUUCCUGUCUUUCCGCAGUGAAAAACGUGUGCUUCCUGUGCUGUGGCAUCAGAGCUUGCUCACCUUGGCUCAGCGCUAUAAAGCGGAUUUAGCGUCUGAACAAAAAGCUGCGUUAUUGGAGCUUCUCAAGAUACAAACACACCCGCAGAUUUCAGCAGAGAUUCGUAGAGAACUACAAAACUCAGAGUCACGGGACAUUGAAAUUGGUCUACCUGCAACAAUAGAAAUGGACUAAGAGAAAAACUGUCUCAUUCACAAUCAGACCUACAACUGUAUGCAGACAGACAUCACUUGGAAUGUAUCACUGUUCUAGUUACAGACAAGUGUAAUCAGUAAUAAAACAUAAACAUA